UGUAUAUCGUUAUUGUUCAUCAGGCUGUUAUCAAUUGAGGCGAAUUUAUCUUUGCAAAUAAACCGAAACUAUUCAAAUAAGUUCAAAUCAUCGUCAGUGUUUGUUUUUCUCAUUUGUAUAUUCCUUCGUUUAGAACCUGUGUGCUAAUGAAAACCACUCAUAGAUAAGAGAUGUCCUUGUAAAUCACCGUUGAAAUGUUGCAAAAAAUGAUUAAAUUAAACAUUACUCUUUGACAGUGACGCUCUGCGCAUGUUCGACCUUCUUUGUCAUCAUCAAUUAAAGUCAUUCGAGGCCUUCCAAAAGUGGUCAGUUAAACCAGAAGCCUUUUCGUAGUUUGUAGAUUUUUCAUUGGUCAUUCUACCUCGAGCACGUGAAUAAAAACCAAGAAUGGGUGGGGAUUUAAGAGAAUUUUUACGGCAAGCAGCUAUGCAAGUGGGUGCCGGUGGCUCAGCAGGUUUUGUAGAGGUCUGCAUUAUGCACCCGUUGGAUCUGGUGAAAACUCGUCUGCAGUUACAGGCUAGCCCAGGUGGUGCAAGUGUUAAGUCUCAGGUUUAUUACAAUGGCGUGUUUGAUUGCAUCCGUAAAAUGGCCCGAACCGAAGGAUUCUUUUCGUUGUAUAAAGGAAUUCUACCACCGGUACUGGUAGAAACUCCGAAGCGAGCAGUCAAAUUUUUGACCUUCGAACAAUAUAAACGAUUCUUCCUGUUCGGAGCCGACAAACCAACACCGCUGACCUUUUCUUUAGCGGGAUUGGGAGCCGGUGUGACUGAGGCUGUUCUAGUGAACCCAUUUGAAAUGGUUAAAGUGACGUUGCAAGCCAAUAAGAACAAGGUCGGUCAAAUCCCAAGUACAUGGUCAGUUACACGGCAAAUUAUCAACGAGUCUGGUUUCGGACUGAGUGGCCUAAACCGGGGAUUAACCGCGACAAUAGGUCGUAAUGGCGUCUUCAACAUGAUCUACUUUGGUUUUUACCACAGCGUGAAGGGCUUGCUUCCUGAGUAUAAGGAUCCGGUCCAAGAAUUCCUGCGUAAGGUUGGAAUAGGAUUUGCUUCCGGUACACUCGGAUCGAUGGUGAAUAUUCCGUUUGACGUCGCAAAGUCUAGGAUUCAAGGCCCGCAACCUGUGCCAGGACAAGUAAAGUAUAAAAGUACACUCAAAUCAAUUGCGAUCGUCUAUCGAGAGGAAGGGUUCGCCGCCCUUUACAAAGGUCUGACACCGAAGGUGAUGCGACUGGGGCCCGGUGGGGCAAUCAUGCUGGUAGUGUAUGACUAUGUGUACGAAUUUUUGGAUGGCUACUUCAAAUAACUGUGCACUAAGGGAUUCAAUCCGUUUAUCUGUCCAGCUGUAAAACUACGCAUUGAUUUGGCUUCUACCUCAAACGAAACAUGCUUCAAUAGUGGUACCUCGUAUUGAAAAAAAACUUCUUUGUGGUGACAGUUUUAUUCCAUUGCUUAACUUUUUCGAAACGGCAUUUUGAAAGCAUUUAUGUUAGACUAAACGAUGACUUUUUCAGAUUACAUCUACUCAGGUGCCAAGUGUUCUGUUUGAUUCCAAACUGUUUUUUACGUGUGUGUACAAAGUCUAAGACUCGAAAUUGAAAUAAAAUGUUAAACUAAA